AUGGAGCUCACCAAGUUCCUCUCCUUCCUCGCAGUCGUCCUGCCCGUUGCCUACGGUGCCCCCGCCCAGGCCGCCAGCAGCCUCCACCCCGAGAUCCUGGCCGCCAUGAAGCGCGACUUGGGGCUGAACGCCGAGGAGGCCACUGCUCGCGUCGCCUUCGAGCACCAGGCCACCGACAUCAUCAAGCAGCUGCGCACUUCGGCAGGUGACUCCUUCGCUGGCGCCUGGAUCUCCGAGGACGGCGCCACCCUCAACGUCGGCGUCACUGACGAGGCCUUGGCCGCCGAGGUGACUGCUGCUGGCGCCACGCCCGCCGUCGUUGCCAACAGCUUCUCCAAGCUCGAGGAGGCCAAGCUGGCCCUUGACAAGCUGGACAUCGAGCAGCCCGUCACCCGCGACACGGACUCGGCCGACUCGGGCAUCGCAUCCUACUACGUCGACGUCGCCGCCAACAAGCUCAUCCUGGAGGCGCUCGCCGGCAGCGUCGCCCACGCCGAGGCUCUGGCGGCCAAGGUCGGGCUCGCCGCUUCCGAGUUCGAGGUGCGAACGGUUGAGGAGCUGCCGACCACCUUCAUCCGCGGUGGCGACGCCUACUACAUCAACCGGUCCGGCCGCUGCUCUGUCGGCUUCUCCGUCACCACGGGUUUCGUCACGGCCGGCCACUGCGGUAGCGUUGGUGCCACUGCCACCACCAGCAGCACCGGCGGGUCGCUGGGAACCUUCUCGGGCUCCGUUUUCCCCGGCAGCGCCGACAUGGCCUUCGUCCGCACCGUCAGUGGAACCACUCUCAGCGGCCAGAUCAACGGCUACGGCCGUGGCAACCUGCCCGUGUCUGGCAGCACCGUGGCCGCCGUCGGAUCCAGCAUCUGCCGCUCCGGCUCCACCACCGGUGUCUACUGCGGCACCGUUGGCGCCCUCGGCGCCACGGUCAGCUACUCCCAGGGACGUGUCACCGGUCUCACCCGUACCAGUGUGUGCGCCGAGCCCGGUGACUCUGGUGGUUCUUUCUACUCCGGCGCCCAGGCCCAGGGUGUCACCUCCGGAGGCUCCGGCAACUGCGCUUCCGGCGGCACCACCUACUUCCAGCCCGUCAACGAGAUUCUGUCCACCUACGGCCUCACCCUGGUCCGUGGCUAA